GCAGCUAACGAGAUUUCCGUUGUCUUUGAAAAGGGGAUUGAGGAUGAAGCGGAAGGUGCACGUUAUCUAGACGGGGCAUCUGAUAACACUGUGGAUAUACUAGAGCGGCGAUGAAUGGUCGGGAAUGUGACAAAAAUUAGCGUCGAAUUGUCCGCACGUCAGUUUUAGAAGGAUACAUCUCAGGGAAUGGAAACGCAACGUACGUCGCGGAGAUGAGGGCGGAAAAGGAAAACUACACCCCUUCUAGGAAACAGCCUAGGUUUAUUUUCGGGGGAUUUUUUAUUACUUGGAUAAUAUUGUGUCAGAUUCCGAGAAUCACAUGUUUGAACACGGUAACAAUCUACGGCCUUUUCCCGCUGACUGGGCCCCAGUCCCAAAAAGGUCUUGCCCAACUUAGGGGGGCACGUCUCGCUGUCUUGGACGCCUUAGGACAAAACAAGACCCUUGGAAACUACCUGAUAAACUUUGCCUACAAUGACUCCAAGUGCGACGCCACAGAAGAACUACGCCUGUUACUUCAUCAGUUAAGCACUGGCAGUGGAAAUGUCUUACUGCUGGGCGGAGGAUGCUCAAAUGACCGCGCCACCCCCAUGUCUACCUCCACGCGGGGAAUAGUGCCCCAGGUAACCGCAGAACCUCUGACGGAAGAAACCCCACACGUGUUUACGACGUAUCCCACAAUUCUUAGUUCUCACGGUGCCGUGAUUGGGUUCUUGAAAACAUACUCGUGGAGGAAAGUGGCCAUCAUUUACCAGACGACAGGGCUGCAUUUGAUUGUACGUUUUCUGUUAAAAAAUUUAAAAUAA